CUACAACUUGUUGCUUUUGUUUUCUUUUCUUUCUUCCCACGUUAUUUUGUUGUAUCAGGAAUUUAUUUAAAUUAUUAAUAAUUUUGAUCUCAUUUUAUUCAGUUAAUCCGUUUUCGUCUCUCAUUUACCGCUAUACUUUCCUCAGCUGUGUGAUAUAGUCCUGUCUUUAUCCUGAUUGUGUCGUCCCAAGCAAUCGACAUUCGCUUCCAACCAUGGAUUGUUUUGAUGAUGCUGGAGUCUUUUUCUCCGACAAUUUCGAUGAUAAUCAGAGCGGUGGACAAGUAAAUCUUCAGGGUAUCAAGAAAAAGUUUAAGGACUUCAUCAGGCAGUUCCAUGAAGGCAACUUUAGCUACAAAUACAGAGAUGCCCUGAAGAGAAAUUACAAUUUGCGGCGAUACUGGCUGGAUGUGAAUAUUGAAGAUAUUGCCCAUUUUGAUGAAAACCUUGCUGACAAACUAUACAAGCAACCAUCAGAAUUGGUGCCUGUGCUGGAAGAAGGGCUGAAAGAAGUUGCUGAUGAGGUGACAUCACCUCGCCCAGAAGGCGAAGAGGAUGUGGAAGACAUGCAGUUACUACUUUCAUCAAAUGAUGAAUGCAUAUCCAUGAGAGAAUUGAAGUCCAACAUUGUGUCGCAUUUGGUGCGUGUUCCUGGUAUAAUUGUCUCUGCGUCAGGAAUCAAAGCCAAAGCGUUGGAGAUCUCCCUUCAGUGCCGAUCAUGCCGCAACAUUAUCCCGAAUCUGAAUGUCAAACCUGGACUUGGUGGAUAUGUCAUGCCAAGGAAAUGUAACAUGGACCAAGCUGGUCGGCCAAAGUGUCCGCUCGAUCCUUACUUCAUAAUGCCUGACAAGUGUAAAUGUGUAGACUUUCAACUUUUGAAAAUGCAGGAACUGAACGAUUCCAUACCGCAAGGAGAAAUGCCUCGUCAUCUUCAGUUAUACGUCGAUCGAUAUUUGUGCGAGAGAGUUGUACCAGGCAACAGGGUCAUCAUCCAUGGUAUCUUGUCCAUCAAGAAAAUGGCACGACCCUCCAAGAGAGACAAAGGCAGUCAAAGAAGCAACGCCGGUGUUCAAGCGCCUUACCUUCACGUUCUUGGAAUUUACAUGGACUCUGAAAAGUCUGGUUUCAGCUCUUCCUCAAUUCCAAUCUCAACUGAAGAGGAGGAACUCUUCCGAAGAUUAGCAUCCUCUCCAAAUGUUUUCGACAGAAUCGCCAAAUCGAUCGCUCCUAGCAUUUUUGGUUUUGAAGAUAUCAAGAAAGCAAUUGCUUGCUUGUUGUUCGGGGGUUCAAGGAAACGGUUACCAGACGGUCUGACACGGCGUGGUGAUAUCAACGUUUUACUUCUUGGAGACCCUGGUACAGCCAAGUCCCAGCUCUUGAAGUUUGUGGAACGAGUGUCGCCCAUCGGAAUUUAUACAUCAGGCAAAGGAUCCUCAGCCGCUGGUCUCACUGCGUCAGUCACUAGGGAUCCUGCAACGCGUAAUUUUGUGAUGGAAGGAGGUGCCAUGGUCCUAGCAGAUGGCGGUGCUGUGUGCAUCGAUGAGUUCGAUAAAAUGAGAGAGGAUGAUCGUGUGGCUAUUCACGAAGCCAUGGAACAACAAACUAUUUCUAUUGCGAAAGCUGGAAUCACAACCACAUUAAACUCACGCUGCUCAGUUCUAGCAGCUGCUAACAGUGUUUACGGAAGAUGGGAUGACACCAAAGGCGAAGAGAACAUCGAUUUUCUCCCCACCAUUUUGUCACGUUUUGACAUGAUCUUCAUCGUGAAGGAUGAGCAUGAUGAAGCCAAAGACAUUAGGUUAGCCAAGCACAUCAUGAAUGUUCAUAAACAGACCAACAAGAAUUUAGAGGCAGCAGACUCUGACGAAGAACUGUCUUUAAAUCUGAUUAAGAAGUACAUCAAAUUCUGCCGCUUGACUUGUGGUCCGCGAUUAUCUGAAGCCGCAGCAGAGAAACUGAAGAACAGGUAUGUUCUACUGAGAGGUGGAAACAAAGACGCCAUGGACACAGCUGAAAAGAAACUAUCCAUCCCCAUCACUGUUAGGCAAUUAGAAGCCAUUGUCCGUAUCUCCGAGUCUUUAGCUAAGAUGCAAUUGCAGCCUUUCGCAACGGAAUCUCAUGUUGAUGAGGCUUUACGAUUGUUCCAUGUCUCUACAAUCAGCACGGCAAAUACUGGAACUCUUGCAGGAGCUGAAGGUUUCACAUCUGAGGAAGAUUAUGAAACCUUGUUGCGAAUUGAAAAGCAGUUGAAACGUAGAUUUCCAGUCGGUACGCAAGUAUCUGAAGUCAACAUUGUGAACGAUUUUCUAGACCAGAAAUAUCCUCUGUCAGCAAUCAAGAAAGUAAUUUACACAAUGAUCAGAAGAGGUGAGGUCCAGCACAGAAUGCAGCGUAAAAUGCUUUACCGUCUCCACUGAUUUGAUUCUUAUGAUCCUCGCCAUCUGACUGUGAUCGCAGUUGAUCCAUCACCGAAUAAUUAACCUGUACCUAUGUAAACUUUUUGUGUAUGAUUUCAUUAUUUUCUCUCUACAUUUUGAUUCCAUAUCUAUUUUUAAAAUUUUUAAAACCCCGAAUGUACCCUGCCAACUAUUUGUGUCUAGUUUUUAGUAUAUAAUCUACUGAUCGAUUCAGGAUACUUUUUAUUCCUUUUUAAAAAAUAAAAUGUCACCAUUUUCAAGUGAAUAGUAAA